GUUCGUUGGUCGCUGUGUAUUGAGAGUUGACAAGCCAUCCAGCGAAGGAUCUCUGAGCCAGUUCUGCGGCAAAAUAUCUGCUCGCUACGAGUUUGUGGUCAGAAAACGAAUACAUCUCGAGACGAUUCGAAAUGGGUAAGGGAGGAAAGAGCCAACAAGCACAAGCUCAGUCACAGAAAAAAGGAGGUCAGCAGAACCCCAAGCAGAUGAAAGACAAACCCUCGAGAGGAUGUUGCAGCAGCAUCUUCAGCUUAAUCCGCAAGCUGAUCUUCUUGACUGCGAUUUCGGCUUUCUUGUACGUGACAACGUUCACUGGGUACACCUAUCAUGUCAAGCAGCGGGUUCCGACCGUCAAUGAAUUCGUGGACUUCUCCGUGGAAUCGUAUCAUGUUGGAUCGGAACAAGCUCGAAAAUAUUAUGCCAUCGUUGACCAACAUACCAAGGUUUACUAUGCUCAAUUCGAAAAGGAGUACCUCCCAACCAUUCAACUGUACACCAAGAGAUACACGAAAUUGGCCGUGGAGAAAGCCGGUGAUCUCAAGGAGCUGUCGAUGAAAUACUUCGCUGUAGCGCAAAAGCAGGUCGAAAUCUACUACAAACUCGCGCUCAAGAAAAUCGAGGAAUUCCAGUCCGGCAAGCAAUCGGCACCGACUGCUGCACCCAAACCCGCAACGCCCAAAGCCGGUCCCACAGCGGCACCCAAGCCCGCCCAAGCAUCUACCAAACCUCCCACCGCAGCACCGACUCAGGCUCCCGUACGGGUUCCCACCCAAGCACCCACACGAGCACCAACUCCAAAACCGACUCAGGCACCAUCAACUCAGAAAGCUGCCCCACAGAAGCCCGUGACGACUCCCAAACCAACAGAGGCUCCGAAACGAGCUUCUCCCAACAGCAAGGAGAAGAGCGAACUCUAAUUCUUUGAUCUAGGCAAAAUAUUCUCAAAUCGGCGGUUUAAAGUGGGUUACCGUAGGUGAGCGACUGGCUGCGUACCUGCUCCUUAUUUUCCGACGGGGCGUUCUUUUGCUCACCGUCCCGUUCGCUCGCGAUGUCUCCCGAUUGAGCUAUUGGAUCUUCUAUGCAUUGGUACAUUUAUCACUUCCCCGGUUGCUGACGACAUGGCUAGAAGGGGUCUCCCCCAUGGAAAGUAUAUUUAGAGAAAAAACAGACUCAAGGAAGUCAGGAUGAUCGAGAGACGCUCAAGAUUCCAGUGAGAAGAGCGUUUCCCUUGUUGGACUCCCCCCUAUUCCUCUCCCUGAAGUGACUUGUAGCAGCAAAUUACAUAAGUUUUCGGACUUGACGUCGUUCGGACAUCGGAUUCCAGUUAACGUGGACUCAGAACGCGGGCAGCUUUUCGUUACUCCUCUGGAUCAGGAAAGGGAAUUCGCAGAUUCUGAGUCGGGUAGUCUCGGUUAUACUAAACUAUACUUCACGGAAGUUCCUUCUGUUGACAAUGUCUUCGAAGGGGAAUCGGCAAGGAAUAUGACGAUGAAAAGCACGUGGAGCAUGGGUGAAUGCGAAAAAUUCAAUAGUCAGAAUUAUCGUAAGAAGACAAUACUUCACACUUUGAGCGAUUAUGGUAGAAGAUAAAUGAGAAGAUCAUUAGGGAGAGAUUUCUAAUUCGGAAAAUUUCUAUCGAUGGCUGAAAUUCUGGUGCAUAUUGUAAAUAUAUGCUGAUGUGUAAAUAGCCAUUUGAAUAAAAUAUUGAAACAAAACCGAUUACGU